AUGCAGACCAACGAGGGUCAAAUUACAUCCACGUCUUUAAGCGAUCACAAGGAUCCAGACACGACAUCGGUGACUGCGAGUCACAUGUCACAGGCACUACUCACGCCAACCCUAUUGUCACAUGGGCAAGUAGGACGAACAUGUACUUUGCCAACUGCAUUGGUACACAUCCGCAACUCUCAAGGCACAUUCACAAACUGCCGGGUGCUACUCAACACGGGCUCGGAGUUAUCAUAUGUAUCGGAACGCUGUAUUAAGGCACUGGGUCUUAGUCGGGUUCCUGGCCGGAUUCUCAUUUCCGGCAUUUCUUCAAUCAAGGCCGAUACCACGAGGGGAUUCAGCACACUCACGAUCAAGUCUCGAGUUUCUGAUCACUCGCUACAAGUAAAAGCUCAUAUUCUAGGAAAAAUCACAUCUACGCUGGCAAGGGAAAACAUCGAUGCAUCUGCGCUUGAGAUCUUCAAUGGGAUUCCGCUUGCAGACACUGAAUUCAACUCGGCAUCGCCUAUAGACGUCCUACUAGGCACCGAUUCUGUAUGGGCUAUUUUAACCGGCAACAGGAAGCUGGAUGUGCAAGGCAACAUAAUAGCUAAUUCAACAAUCUUUGGAUGGGUUAUCACAUCGAUUGCGCAUCAAAAUCCAUCAAUCACCACGUCAUUUUUGUCUACAGUCGAUAUCCAUGCUACUCUACAAAGGUUUUGGGAAAUCGAGGACUCCCAAAUCACCGCUCACCAUGAUCCUGAAAAUGUUAAGGUUAAAGAGCAUUUUAAAACCACGCACUCACGCGACUCCAAGGGAAGAUACACCGUAGAGCUUCCAUUCAAGGAGGCAGAUCCACAAUUCACUGACACUCUGCAGGGAGCAACCCAACGCUUUGCUUCUGUGGAGUGCCGUCUACAUAGAGACGCAGAUUUGCACUCACGGUAUGUACAAUUCAUGCAAGAGUAUAUUUCUCUAGGCCACAUGCGCCAAUUGAACCCUGACGAAAUUCUCACCAAUGAUGGAAGGGUAUUCUACAUGCCACAUCACCCUGUACUUGGAAAGAAACUACGAGGAGUUUUUGACGGUUCAUUCCAAGAUUCUUCUGGUCAAUCUUUAAACGACACCCUGAACGUUGGGCCGAGCAUUCAACGAAACCUUUUCAAUGUAUGCGUACGCUUUCGUUUAUAUAAAUACGUUUUUUCUGCGGACAUUAUCAAGAUGUUCAGGCAAAUUUGGAUCAACAAGCAUCACCGCAACUAUCAACGUAUCGUUUGGAGAGAACAUCCUUCAGCUCCACUUCUACAUUACCAACUCUGCACUGUAACCUAUGGCACUGCGUGUGCACCAUUUCUGGCUGUACGGGUUCUCGAGCAACUGGCCAGAGAUAACCAACAUUUGCAUCCAACUGCUGCACGCAUUCUUCUUGAAGAUUUCUACGUUGACGACGUUUUAACAGGAGCUGACACCGAGGAAAAGCUUCUACAAUACAAACAAGAACUAAUUCAACUAAUGUCAUGUGCUCAACUCGAACUUGGAAAAUGGAUUUCCAACAGCAACCGCGUUGUCGACCCUGAGACAACAAUCACAAACAAUACAUCAUACAGUCCACUCGAAACUACGAACAAGGUUUUGGGAAUUCAUUGGCAACCGCACACGGACACAUUGGCAUACAAGGUAUCUUUGCCCAGCGAGGGAAAGAUUACAAAACGGCAAGUUUUAUCAGACGUGUCUCGCAUUUUCGACCCACUUGGAUUGCUGGCUCCAGUGGUUAUUCAAUUCAAAAUCCUGUUCCAAGAACUUUGGGUUCUCAACUUAGACUGGGACAGCCCGCUACCGCUCAGCCUGGAAGAUUGGUAUCUCAAAUGCAAGCACGAUAUCAACACGCUCAAUGAACUUGAGGUUCCACGCUACAUUGGCAACUCUACUGACACAAUUGAAUUGCACGCCUUCUCGGAGGCAUCUAUAAAAGCCUACGCCGCUGCCGUUUACAGUAGAGUCACUCUCCCUAAUGGUAACAUACAGGUUACUCUUAUUGCUGCAAAGACUCGUGUUGCACCGCUCAAAACACAAUCACUUCCACGCCUGGAAUUGUGCGGCGCACUGCUACUAAGUCGACUCAUCAACUCAGUCAAAGCUCCACUGAAAAACUACAACGUCACUGUUUACGCCUGGUGCGACUCUACCAUUGUUUUGGCUUGGCUCUCGCACAUACCUGCCAAACUAAAGACUUUCGUCGCAAACCGCACUGCCGAAAUCCUCAGCAUCAUUCCACGAGAUCACUGGCAACAUGUCAAAUCAGAUGACAACCCUGCUGACUGCGCUUCAAGGGGCAUGCUAGCUGCUGACUUAGUAAACCACAACCUAUGGUGGAAGGGCCCACACUGGCUAUACUCAACCGAAGCAGAUGAACAAGUCCAGGCUGAAGUAAAAGGUUCCGCUUUCACGACAAUGAGAACAUACAACACUGAAACCUCACUAUUGGGCCAACUGAUCGACCGUGUCUCCUCGUGGCCAAAGCUACUUCGUAUUCUCGCCUAUGUUCUCAAGUUCAUCCGACGCAAUCGCAGAAAAUCCAACACCGCUACGCUGACAUUUGAGGAGAUCCAUGACGCACGGAUCCUGUACCUGCGCCAUGCCCAAGACGAAUUCCAAGCUGACUACAAGCGACUCCUUAACCAACAAGAUUUGGGAAACAAAUCAAAAUUGCGCACCCUCUCACCGCAAAUCGACAAACAUGGACUCCUGCGAUGCUUCAUCUAUGGUGUGACCUCCGGUGAGACAAUCAACUACGUAACAACCCUGUCGAAGUGCAGCAGCACCCUGGGCCAGAUGCUCAGGUGCUGUGACCGCCAAAUAUUGCAAGUAACGGGUGGCCAGGUGUGGAGCUUGUGGAGCUACAUAAUAUUUUAA